UUAUAUAUACUUGCAAUUGUUCUACAUUCCUCAAUAGGGUUGACUUUGUUCUUUUCUUAUCUAUGUUUUCAACUUUGAAGGCAAACAGUCAGGAGAAGUUCAAUUAAUGGUUGCACUCCACCAUGGGAACUAAGUAUUCCAAAGCAACAAAUUCCAUAAAUGAUACUUUAAAUUUGAGUAAUCGUAUUCCUUUUGAAAGUUUUCGAGUUCCUUUAGUAGAUUUGGAGGAAGCAAGUAAUAACUUUGAUGACAAGUUUCUAAUUGGAGUGGGUAUAUUUGGGAAGGUUUACAGGGGUGUUUCGCGUGAUGGUACAAAGGUGGUCCUGAAAAGGCGUAAUCGUGAGUCGCCACAAGGGAUUGAAGAGUUCCAAGCAGAAAUUGAGAUUCUCUCAUUCUGCAGCCAUCCGCAUCUGAUUUCAUUGAUAGGAUAUUGUGAUGAAAGAAAUGAGAUGAUUCUAAUUUAUGACUACAUGGAGAAUGGGAACCUCAGUAGACAUUUGUAUGGGUCAGAUCUACCUAGUAUGAGCUGGGAGCAGAGGCUGGAGAUAUGCAUCGGGGCAGCCAGAGGUCUUCACUACCUUCAUAACAGCGCAGUUAUACAUCGUGAUGUCAAGUCUACAAACAUAUUGCUUGAUGAGAAUUUUGUCGCAAAAAUUACUGAUUUUGGAAUAUCCAAGACAAUGCCUGAGCUUGAUCAAACCCAUCUUAGCACAACGGUGAAAGGAAGUAUAGGCAACAUUGACCCUGAAUAUUUUAUAAGGAGACAACUGACAGAAAAAUCUGAUGUUUAUUCUUUCGGUGUUGUUUUAUUCGAAGUUCUUUGUGCUAGGCCUGCCAUAGGUCGUUCACAUAUGAUUAGUUUAGCUGAAUGGGCAGUAGAGUCGCAGAAGAUGGGACAGUUGGAACAAAUUGUAGAUCCCAAUCUUGCGGCCAGAAUAAAACCAGAGUCCCUCAGGAUGUUUGGAGAAACAGCGGUGAAAUGCUUAGCUUCGUCUAGUGAAAAUAGGCCAUCAAUGGGUAAUGUGCUGUGGAAACUGGAGUAUGCACUUCGUCUCCAAGAGUCUUUCAUUCAAGAUGAUCCUGAAUGAUUCUUUGUUCAUGGAUCAUGUAAAGAUUUUUAAUUUUUUUUGUUUUUG